GCUCAGGAGAGAAUGAAGAAACUAUUCCUCGCCUUGUUGACCAUUUCGCUGGUGCAGUGGGGAGAGUCAAUCGACGCAAAUGCCUGUCAGUCUAGCCCGUGUGUGCAUGGCUCCUGUUUUAGCGGACCGGCUGGUUACCUGUGCGUCUGUGAUCACGGCUACACUGGCAUUCACUGUGAUUCGAGCAUAGGCGGCAUUGAGACGUGUCUGUCGUGCCCUGCCAGACUUACGGACGUGCCGUGUACCCACGUACAGAAGUGCUCAUCGGGCCAGGUAACUUUCGAACAUCCCUUACAUACAGUAACGAAACUGAUUCGUUGA